GGGGACGUCGCUGCGCCGGACCCCUCAGGGACCCCCAGCACCCGGGUCCCGAGCCCACUGCCCGCUUUGGCGCCCCGCAGACGCCGCUACACACUGACCCCAGGCCGGCUGCGCUGGGACCACUUCAACCUGACCUACAGGAUCCUGUCCUUCCCUCGGAACCUGCUGAGUCCCCGGGAGACCCGGCGGGGCCUGGCUGCCGCCUUCCGCAUGUGGAGCGACGUGUCCCCCUUCAGCUUUCGCGAGGUGGCCCGCGAGCAGCCCAGCGACCUCCGGAUAGGCUUCUACCCGGCCAACCACACGGACUGCCUGGCGUCCCCGCUGCACCACUGCUUCGACGGCCCCACCGGCGAGCUGGCCCACGCCUUCUUCCCCCCGCACGGCGGCAUCCACUUCGAUGACAGCGAGUACUGGAUCCUGGGCCCCACGCGCUACAGCUGGAAGAAAGGCGUGUGGCUCACGGACUUGGUGCACGUGGCGGCCCACGAGAUCGGCCACGCGCUGGGCCUGAUGCACUCACAGCACGGCCGGGCGCUCAUGCAUCUCAACGCCACGCUGCGGGGCUGGAAGGCGCUGUCGCAGGACGAGCUGUGGGGGCUGCACCGGCUCUACGGCUGCCUGGAUCGUCUGUUUGUCUGCGCGUCCUGGGCGCAGAGGGGCUUCUGCGACACCCGCCGGAGGCUCAUGAAGAGGCUGUGCCCGAGCAGCUGCGAUUUCUGCUACGAAUUCCCCUUCCCCACAGUGGCCACCACCCCACCGCCCCCCAGGACUAAAACCAGGCUGGUGCCCGAGGGCAGGAACGUGACCUUCCGCUGUGGCCAGAAGAUCCUCCACAAGAAAGGCAAAGUGUACUGGUACAAGGACCAGGAGCCCCUGGAGUUCUCUUAUCCCGGCUACCUGGCCCUGGGUGAGGCACACCUGAGCAUCAUCGCAAACGCCAUCAACGAGGGCACCUACACGUGUGUGGUGCGCCGGCACCAGCACGUGCUCACCACCUACUCCUGGCGUGUCCGUGUGCGGAGCUGAGCCUGCCCAGUGCCCUGCUGGGCUGGGAGUCCCUGUGAUAAAGUACUUUCUGUCCAA